AGACCAUGUCAUGUACUUGUUCACCUACAAAUGUAACAGAACAGUAAUGAUUAUACUAUACAUGUUUAUUGAAGUAUGCCUGAAGAACAUCAUACAUGGGCUAGGCCCACUUUGUAUGUUGUUAGGCCCAAUCAUUUCGUUCCCACAUAUAUAUCUCCACCGAUUAAAGAGCUUCAUCAUAAUCUUCUUCACCGUCAAAAAAAUGGCGUCAUCAUCAUCGAGGUACGAGACACGAAAGCGAGUUCCAAAUCCAAACAACGCAGCUCUUCUAGUCAUCGACAUGCAAAACUACUUCUCCUCCAUGGCCAAACCCAUCCUCAACGAAGUUCUCACCACCAUUGACCUCUGUCGACGAGCUUCGAUCCCUGUCUUCUUCACGCGCCACAACCACAAGUCCCCAACCGACCACAGCAUGCUCGGCGAGUGGUGGGACGAGGAUCUAGUCCUCGACGGAACCACCGAUUCUGAGAUCAUCCCGGAGUUACACUCCCAGAUAGUACUCACCAAACCAGACGAGAUCGUGGAGAAGAGCACGUACAGCGCGUUUCAAAACACGCGGCUACAAGAAAAGCUGGACAAGAUCGGGGUGAAGGAGGUGAUCGUGGUUGGAGUGAUGACCAACCUGUGCUGCGAGACAACGGCUCGUGACGCGUUCGUUAGAGGAUAUAGAGUUUUUUUCUCUACGGACGCGACUGCGACGGUUAAUAAAGAGCUUCACGAGGCUACGCUGAUGAAUCUCGAUUAUGGCUUCGCUUAUCUUGUCGAUUGCGAUGAACUCCGGCGAGGUUUGUCUACUCAGUAGUUGAUAAAUUAUAACUUACACCUUUUUCUUGUAGUUCUGUUUUUAAGUAUAGUCUGUUGUAUUUGGCUGUGGUCUAGUGUAGCCUCGUGAAGCUAUCUUCAUAACAAUAGUUCUGUUGUGUCUGUGUAGUCUAGUGUAGUCUGUUGUAUUUAACUUUAAAUACUUAAACAACAAUAGGUUCCUUGUUAAUAUUUUCCACCUUAUAAUUAAAGUAGCUUCUCUAAAUUAAUUUGGGUGGUUUUGAUGACUAUAUUGUGUAAGAAUCAUCCAAGAGAUGAGAGUUUUAGAGAUCUAUGUAACACGAGACAAACAAAAUGUAAAACGUGAUAAGCCAUAUAUACAAUUCUAAUGGCUUCUUUU